AUGGCAAAGAAGAAACUGAAACUGAGGAAUCAAGGUCCCUAUGUUAUACUGGACAAUGGGUUGGUAAAGCUUACGAUUUUGAGGCCUCAAGGGUACUUAACUGGCAUCAGUUAUGGAGGAAUGGACAAUCUUUUAGAUAUCAAGUCAAAUGAAUCUAGCAGAGGAUAUUGGGAUAUCAACUGGAGUUUGCCAGGAGGUCAAGACAUAUACACUUUACUGAAAGGAGCUGAAUAUAGCGUUGUCCAUGAGAGCAAUGACAGCUUAGAGAUUUCAUUCAAGAACACCUAUAAUCCAUCAUCAGCUCAAGGUGUCAAAUUGCCGCUAAGUGUAGAUAUAAGGUACAUAUUAAGGACCGGUGUUUCAGGCUUCUACAGUUAUGCAAUAUAUGAGCGCCCUUCUGGAUGUCCUGCUUUUGAUCUUGCUCAGACAAGGAUGGUGUAUAAGUUGCGAAGAGAGAAGUUCCACUACAUGGCAAUAACAGAUGAAAAACAAAGGAUAAUGCCAAUGCCUGAGGAUCUGCUUCCAGGCAGAGGCAAACAACUAAUUGUACCUGAAUCAGUUUUGCUAGUAAAUCCCAUCAAUCCCGAUCUCAAAGGCGAGGUUGACGAUAAGUAUCAGUAUUCAAUGGACAACAAAGAUGGUGGAGUCCAUGGAUGGAUAAGUUCUGGCCCCAUUAUAGGAUUUUGGGUCAUCUUUCCCAGCCAGGAGUUUCGCAAUGGAGGCCCUACCAAGCAAAAUCUCACAGUCCACACUGGUCCAACCUGCCUUGCUAUGCUUCAUGGAACCCAUUAUAUUGGGGAAGAUAUAUUAGCUCAUUUUGAAGAGGGAGAGACUUGGACUAAAGUGUUUGGCCCCUUCUUUGUAUACCUUAACUCAACCCCAGAUGUAUCAAAGGCACAUAAUUUAUGGAUAGAUGCGAAAAAACAGAGGUUGUUUGAAGAGACAGCGUGGCCUUAUGAUUUUGUCUCAUCACCCUACUAUGUUGCUGCUAAAGAGCGUGGUUCGGUUUCAGGAAGAUUAUUUGUCCAGGACAGGUAUGUUUCUGGUUCUCUCAUUCCUGCUAAAUAUGCAUAUGUUGGCCUAUCAGUUGCAACAACUGAAGGAUCCUGGCAAACAGAAAGCAAGGACUAUCAGUUUUGGGUAGAAACAGAUUACACCGGAAACUUCACCAUCAAGAAUGUUAUCCCUGGAGUAUAUGGACUUCAUGGCUGGAUCCCUGGUUUCCUGGGUGAUUACCUUGACAAAGAACAUAUCACCAUCUCCGCAGGAUCACAAACACAACUUGGAAAUCUGACCUAUGUUACCCCAAGAGAUGGUCCAACUCUCUGGGAGAUUGGCUUCCCCGAUCGAACGGCCAUAGGUUACUAUGUUCCUGAUGUGAACCCAAUGUAUGUCAACAAGCUGUUCCUUAACAGCCCUGAAAAGUUUAGACAAUAUGGCUUGUGGGACAGAUACACUGAUGUACACCCUCAAUUUGACCAGACCUUCACAAUAGGCAGCAGUAAUCCAAAAAAUGACUGGUUCUUUGCUCAUGUAGACAGGAGGGGGGCAGAUAAUAAAUACCUUCCAACAACAUGGACAAUCAAGUUCAACCUCAACUCUGUAACUACUGGCACAUACAAGCUGAGACUGGCAAUUGCUUCAGCAACCCGCUCAGACCUGAAAGUAUGGAUGGCAAAAGUUCAAGAAAAAGAAAACUAUUGA